AGUCUUUGAUAAAUCUAGAGGACUUUGCGUGGUUGAUGGUUUUGUACAGUUGUUGUUUUAUCACCAAUUUUAAGUAUAUACGAGUACGUAUCUUAUCAUUUUGAUACGGCAGUGUGACAAAGUGAGUUGAGCGAACGAAGUCGUCUUCAUAUUAUAACAAAAUUCUUGGUGUUCAUUCAUGCGUGGUUUUUGUUCAGUGUUCAAGAGAAAAGAAUAGUUCAGUGCAUGAAGUCAAAAUAAAUCCACUGUAAGAACUCCUCAAUUGAAAAUAAAAAUCGGUUUUUAAAUGUGCAGUUAGAACCGCCUCAUAAGCCGAAAUGCUUUUUUCGACGAUAGGGGCGCUCUCGUCGCGCCUCAAGUUCCAAUAUUCAAAGCCGAAGAUAGAGAAUUUCGUUUUCCAACUGCACUACAAGUUGACGGUGACCAUUCUGCUAGCAUUCGUGAUCCUGGUCUGCGCGAGGGAGUACUUCGGGUCCCAUAUCCAGUGCAUAUCAGACCAGGGAGUCCCAGCGAAUGUCAUACAGAGUUAUUGCUUCUUUAUGGCUACAUUCACUAUCGUACGGCAUUAUAACGAAAGCCUGCUGCAGUCCGGGUUCCUACCGCACCCGGGCGUGGGCCCGGUAUCGGAGACAGACCAGGUCCUGCAUCACACCUACUACCAGUGGGUGCCGUUCGCAUUGUUCGUACAGUCCAUCUGCUUUUACUUGCCACAUUACAUUUGGAAAAACAAGGAAGGUGGAAGAAUAAAAGCUCUAGUGGAUGGACUGCAGUAUGCCGCCUUGGCUUUUGAAGACAACGAUAUGAAGUUAGGUGGGAGAGUGGUGCCAUCUAGAAUGACCCUCGACAACAAGAUCAACCUCAUCAAGAAAGACAUCAUAUUGCGAUUACGGAUAUCACGCACUUGGUCGACGUGGCUGGUAGCGAUGGAAGUGGUGAACUUGCUGCACGUGAUGUUCCAGAUCUGGCUCAUCGACAAGUUCCUCAACGGCCACUUCAUCGACCUCGGCCCCAGGGUGCUGGAGUUCAGGAACUGGAACAACAUCGCUGAUCCCUUGGAGACUGUGUUCCCGAAGGUAACAAAAUGCAUAUUCCACAAGUAUGGUCCGAGCGGGUCCAUCCAGCAGCACGACGCGUUGUGCGUGAUGGCGCUCAACAUCAUCCACGAGAAGAUCUACACCGUCCUCUGGUUCUGGCUUCUUUUCCUGUUCAUUGCCUCGUUGUUAGAUCGUAUUUCUAAUGAUGGCUUCUUUGCAGCCGUGCUCUGGCGAGCGCUAUCGUUUUUCCUGUAUCGCCGUUCUCAACGCUUCAACGACAUGGUGUUCCGGAGUGCGGGAAAGUUUGACCUCAGCAACGUGAUUCGAGUUGUCAACGGCACCCAGUUCGCCGACUGGUUGUUCCUCUAUUACCUCGGCAAGAACAUGAAGUCAGUCGUGUUCAAGCAACUGUUCACGGCGUUGGCUGAGGAGUUGGAGAAAAAAGAAGUGAUGUUAGACUACCAAGGACACGAGCAGAAAGGUGCAGAGCCCGUGCUCGUGGGGCAAGUGAACUUCGAUGACGAAACUCUGCCACUUCAGAAGGAUAAGAAGGCGUCAUAGUAUAAUGAGAUAUUCGAAGGACUUCCCCCCCCCCCCCCCCCCCCCGACUACUGAGAAAAGGGCAUAAUAACCCAUGUAAAUCGAUUCUUAAGGAGUAAAUUCCAAAAACUAAUAACUUGUUGGUAUUUUUUUUAUAUUCUGUAACAAUGGUGAGAUAGAACAUACUUAGUUUUAAUCUUACAUGUGACUUGAAUGGUGAUUGUGAUAUAAC